GUUUAUCAUUAAUAUUACAAAACAAGAAGAAAAAUGGCGACUGAAGUAAGUUUGUGUUUUUGCUGUCAAUUUCGUACUAAUUUAUUCGCUGAACUUAAAAUCUUGAAAUUCUUUUGAAAUUAAUGUAAAAGCACGGAGUAAAAGCUUACCGAGUGUACCGUAUUAUCCAAAUUUACCGAGUGUUGACUUGCAAUACGGUAAACUUUGUAAUUCUUACAAUUAUAUUAUUAUUUAUUAUAUUAGUAAUUUACUAAAUUAAUUGAAUUACAAUUCAUUUUCUCAUUUUUGUCAUUUCAUUAUCAAUAUUCUCAAUCUCAUUCAUAUAAAAUAUAAAAUAAAAUUAUUAUAAUAUAAUUGAAAUUCAUAGUUGCAUAGUAAUACUUAGUAGUAGAGUGAUAGAAGAGUUGAUGCCUGAGAGUUAGAGAAUAGAGAGGAAGAUGAAAAGUGAUAAUAUCUAUAAAUCUAUAGUUCAGUAGAUAUAAUGGUAAUCUACCACUUGAGCGUCGGCCAAGAAAAAAUCCAGCUGUUCCGGUUGGAAGGGCUAUUUAAACAACUAAUCUUUUAUUAUUUUUAAAUGACAUUGGUUGUACUUAUUCAUUCCCAUAAUAAUAGACAAUUUUUUAAAUAGAAAAACUAUAACAAUUUUUUUGGAAUAGAAGAUAAUGUGUGAAAAUGGAAUUAUGCAUAGUUCUCCCCCAAGUUGACAAUGAAGUUUUAAAAACUAUAAUUUCCACGAAAACGGUUGUGGUACAUGAAUCCAUGUAAAUAUAAAGGGGAAAGAUUACCGGCGCUUCUUGUGCCAAACUGUCUUUUUAGUUUACGCUUUCUGAGCAUUCACGUUUUCCACAUUCUGUGUGUGGACAUCCGCGUUAUCUGAAUCAAAAAAAAUAAUUGUAGUAUCUUUUUCUUCCUGGCAUAUCGGUAGCUUGGCAGUAAUAAUUAUUUAAAUGUAUUAUUAUUGUGCUAUAUAACUUUAUAGCCUCUAUGCGGAAGCAAAAAUAUUAACAGACUCCCAUGUAAGAAUAAAUGUUUAAAUAGCCCAUCCAACCGGUACAACUGGAUUUUUUCUUGGCCGAUGCUCAAGUGGUAGUAUAAAGAAAAAAACAACCAACAAGCCUAACAAGCAUCUUACUUAGCCAUGGCUAGGGCCUAUAGACUGUUAUUAGUAAUAUAGUGCUUACCCAACUUGGCUAAUGUGAAGAGAUAGCACCCUGACGUCAUUUGCGUGUUUUGUCCCUGGUACUGAUAGAGUCAAAACCCUGGUUCCAAUAGGGUCAAAACCCAGUUUAGGGAUAAGUUUAGGGUUCAGGUUAGGUUUAGGAAUAGAUUUAGGGUUCAGGGAUAAAUUUAGGACAUAAGUUCGUGGGUCGCGGCAACCAAGAAUGCGGCCAUGGUAAAAAUAAUGCAGUGCCAUCUCUUCACAUUUACCCUAAACAUAUUCAGUCAUACUCAUAAUAUAAAUAAGCUGUGAUUAAAAAUAUUAUUUUCUUCGAAGUGUCUACAUGUCCGGCAACCUGACAAAUAUGUUCUCAAGAUAUUCGUCCGGUGACCACAUCAUAAUGACCAUCGUAACAAAGUUGCGUGAGAUAUUUGUCCCUCAGCCUUGUCAUGUGACAACUAAGAGUCGAUCAGAAAAAUGGCAUCGGAGAUUCAUGUGGGCAACGAGUUUACUUCAUUCCAACAAAUACGGGGUGGGAAACGAUGCAUACUAGAAGGAAGAAAUACUGAGAGCGAGAGAAAAUGGAUAAAACUGAUAGUAAAGGUGAUACAUAAUUAAAUCGGGAAGGUUGAUAGUUAACAAAGAAAUAGAACAUAAAUUUUAAUGUAGGGCCAAUAUAGUAUGCUGCUGGGGUAGCCUACUUCUCACACAAUAUGAAUAGCCUUAAAUAAAACUUGUUUGACAUAAGUCUUUUGAAAGUCAACUGGCAGGUAUUGGUCUUAAUUUGUUUGGUUCAUAUUUUAAAUUUAGGCCACUGGGUAGAGCUUUAUAAGACAUUUAAACCAUAGGCUUAGCUAAGGGCGUGGGCAGUUGUCUCUGGGUGCCAGACUAGUCAGGAACGCCAAAAUUGCUUUGUUAUUAUUUUAUUGAUGAAAAUAAUGGGUUUCAGAGUUGAAAACAGAGAAGGGGUGGGGGCUUUAAAAAGAAUCUUGUCUCGGGGCGCCAAACACUCUAGCUAUGCCUCUGAAUUAAACUAAGAUAACAGACUUUUUUUUAUUUUGAAGAGUCGGAUUCCAAUAGACUAGUAUAUACUUAUACAGGCAACUAGUCUUAUAAUAUCUUUAAUUCAAUGUCAAAAGCUUAUGAUACACUUUAUGUAUCUCAGAGCAUUUGAAAAUGUUACCAUAUUCAGUAUAUAUUUAUUAUCUAGGGAUUGUCUGACUAAUAUAUAUACACAAUAUUGGAAUAUCAUAUGCAAUGCACUAUUUUUCCGGCGUCCUCGUGUCACAUGACAUGUCUGUCAGAAUAAUAGCACAUACUAGUCGUCCGGUGGUCACAUGACAUACCCACCGGAAGAAUAUCUCCCGCACUAUUUGUCCGGCCGCCAGAUGUGUGGACACUGCCUAUUUUCUUAAAUUAAGCAACUGAAAUUGUUUAAUUAUGCAUUCAUCAUGAAAGUUUCACUGUAUAUUUGCUUCAAGUUUAAAGUUUCUUUUUUGUUAUUCUUAUAGGAAGCAUCAAGUUCAUGCAGUAGUGGAGUAAAAGCCUCUGGUAAAUUUGCCAAAAUGAAUCGUUUUCGAGAAUUAGAAAUGAGGAUGGCAAGUCUGAUUUACUUAUCAGUUUUAAUUUACUUUAUUUUAUUCAUUUUUGAACAUUUUUGCCUCAACCCUUAGAUAAUUGGGCUGAUCUAUCGACCCAGAGUCGAAUGGAUAAAAAGACAAAAGGCUGAUCUAUUUGCAGAAUAAUAAAUGCCUCAAGAUUGCUUGGCUAGUCUUCAAACGAGCUAAUCAGAUUGCUUCUCCCAUUCCUUGCUCAUCUCACCAUUUUAAUGGUGGUUUCCAUUGAUAGGUUAUGCUGUUUUGUCAUGUUAUAUCAAUUUUAUUUACCUAGUGACCCAUUUAAAUGCUUAAAAAAUAUGUGACCUUAUAAUAUGCCAAAAUGCAUAAGCAGCCACAGGGAAAUAUUUUAUGCAGUUUUUCCCACAUUGACUCUCACUCAAAUGUUUGUCAGGACUUAUUAAGGCUUCAACAAUCACAAAAUUUAACAAAAUUCUGCAAGUACCAAAAUAAAAUGGCAUGAAUAAAUUAUACAAAUCAGGAUAUCUUAUUUGCAUAAAUUUUGAGAUUUAGGUUUGAUUCGUAAAGAUCAUAUUAGUUCAUUCAAUAUCCAAGAAUAUAGAAAGUUUUAUAUUUGUGAAGAAAUCAUUUCAUUUUGCAAAGUAAGUGCAGGGCUUGUGAAAAGGCUCCUUCUUCUUGGCAGCAAUAGCCUAAAAAAUCUCAGUCUCAAGAGGGUUAUAAAAAAAUUAUAGCAUAAAAACAAAUAAUUAUUGGUUCCAUUUUUUAGUAGUAUUGAUUGUUUCAGAAAAAAUCCUGAAAUUUGUUUUUAAAAUGUAUGACAUUCAUGUUGUCUUUUUAACCCUUUAAAAAAAUGUAAAUAAUCCUUUUAGAACGAAGCAAGAAAAAUGAAUCAUGCAGAAGUUGUGGCUGAAGAUGAAAGGAAAAAGAGACCACAGAAUUUUGACGCUAAACGAAAAAGACUGGAGUGGGAGCAAGAACAAGCAGAGAAGAAAAAGGUUGAGUUCUAUUAUUUAAAAUAUUAGGCCUGAUGAGUAAAGGCCUAAUGAGUAUCAAUGUAAUAAAAAUUUUGAAUCAUAGAAUUAAGUUACAGGCCAUCCAUGUACUAAAAAAAAGGUGGUGGGGGUGGGGUUGAUUUUGGAGAUUUUGCUCAUGCCGUCGGAUACAUGAGAUGCUGGCUGGGACAUGGAAGAAAGUAUGUACAAUAAUUAUUCUGAUAUUCUGAGUCUCUUAUAUUUAAAAUAAAUAAUAAAGUCACAAAGCCAACUGUCAAGUAAACUAAAAAUCGGUGAAAUCCUUGAUUUCUAAUUAUUUUCAAAAAAAGCUGUACAAAUAUCACCACAGUGUUUCGUAACUAUCGUAACACUGUUGCAUUGUGUUUUCACAAGUAAUUCUCUAGUUAUUACAACAUUAAUAUUUAGCUUCGUCCCCCUAACUUCUUCCGCACACCAAACGUCCCUUCUUCCCUCCAAUUAAUGGUAACAUUUUUUUUAAAUAUGUCCCCCAUGCUGCCGUAUUUAAAGAUUAUAUAAAGAUUGAAUUUUAGGUAUUAAUAUUCACCAUUGUGGAUAAAAUUUACAAUAGUUGAAUAUAUUUGUAAUGCUAUAUAUGUGUUGACCAGUGUUGGCCAACAUCCCCGUCCUUGUAAAAAAGCCCUGUAUUUGGCUAGAUAUAACCCUCCAUAUGAGGUAAAAAUAUGUCCGUCCCAGGGUGGACUACCUCCUCCACCCCCUUUCUAUGCCAAUUUCUCAGAUACUAUGUCCUAUAAUUUAAAAUUUCCUAUUUUUGGGGAGUAUGCAACAGGUUAGAAAACACUGGUUUAUUGUUACUUGAGUUCAUUUAAUUGUCUUGUUCGUCAUAAUAUUUUAAUUUUUAAACUUUUUUUUUGGAGGAUGGGGUGAGAGCUCAUUGUACAUACGCAAGAGGGGUGUCCAAAAAUGUAUGAGUGCAACAGCGGGGUAUAAAAUCUGACUUAAAAAUACAUGGAUCGCCCCUUAAUUGCUUGUGUUCUCCACAGCAAUGUGUUUCCAAAGGGGAAGACUUUGACCGUGUCAAACUUUUAGAAGUUGGUGCAGAUGAAGCUGAAAAAUGGGAACGGAAAAAGAAAAAGAAAAAUCCAGACACAGGUUUUGCAGGUGAAGUAAAAAAAUAAACUAGAAACUAUCUAAAUUUGAAUAGAUAAUUGAAGCCCUUCAAUGAGAGUAUUGUGGGUAAAUUAUACUGUUUGUUGAAUUACAGUUUUAAUUGGAAGCUACUAAUCAUUGAUUAGGAACUCUUUCAAUUCUAGGUAAAAGUCUUAGGAUAAAAAUUAAUUUUUUUUUAUAUUGGUAACCAGUUUUGAAUUUUAAAAAUUUAAAAGUGUUAAAGAUUUAUUGUAUUAAAGACAAAAUUUAAUUUAUGUUUUAAGAGAUUUUGAUUCCUUCAUUUAACUUUAGUUUUUAAAGAUAUAUUUGUUUCUUUGUCAAGAUUAUGAACAAGCCACGUUUCGUCAGUAUCAGCGCCUGACCAAACAGAUAAAAACAGAUGGCACAGAAUAUGAACGAGAACAUGAAAAACUGUAAGCGAAUUUAUAAUGGCAAACCUGAUAAGCUUAUUAAGCACAAAAUCUCACCAUUUGGCAGCACUGCUAUGUUUUUGACAUUUGGAACCAAAAAAACCAAUGGAAAUAAUUUUUUUCUGAACACAAUGCAAAGAAUUUCAUCAAUUGUAAUUGUACUAUUUAGAAUAUCACUUUAUAAAUCUAUAAAACUAUCUUAAGAAUCAUUUUACUAGCAUUAAUGACUUAGAAAAAAAUACUAGAAGUUUUAUUUUUUUUGUCUCUGAGCUAAACACCAGCUCAAGUCAUUAAAUAUUUCGCAGAGUUUACAAACAAAUUUCAAACAAUUACUGUUUAUCGUUUCCCUUGUCUAUUUCUCUAGAGGUGAGGAUUUCUAUGCCUCGGCUGACACCCUUGGCCUGCACCAGCGCAAGGACUCUGAGGAAGCUAUCGACAAAAUGGUUGUGGAUUUGGAGAAACAGUAAGUGUUGAAGUCACAGAACCCAGUUUCAAUAUUUAACUGAUUAAUAUUACAAAACCUGAAGUUGAAAAUAUUGCUCAAAAUCAAAAGAAAACAUUCUAUUUACAGUACAACCAAUUAUUGAAUCACAGUUAUCCAAACUGCCCAUUUCCUUAUUUUACGAUUAUUAUUGUAUGCAAAUGGGCAUAACGUUGAGCAUAUUCUUUCAAACAUCAUAAAAUGGUUCCAAAACUGGCAGCUCAGUCCACCUGAAAUCUAGCUACAUACUGUAGAUCCAGUGACCAGACUGGGGUAAUGCAAACUUGUUGAUAUAAAUUGUAGAAUACACGCCUGCAAAGAAAAAUGGACUACAGAUUUUAUUCUAAGCGUCAGUGAUCUAUUUUUGGUUAGAGCCUCUUUUCAAAAAGGAUGCAUCAUGUUGUAUUCUAUCUGCUGAGUUAUUUAACAAAAUCUUUCCAUGGGAAUGUUUGACUGCAAAAAACGGUUAUCCGAAGCACCCUUGGUCUCAGUUAAUAUGCAUAAUUAACAUUCUACUGUGUUUCUUAUUAAUUCAGUAAAAGAUUUUUUUUAAAGUUACAAUUAUUCGUUUAUCUUAAUUUAAGUCUAAUAAUUUAUUUUGUUACCAUAUCCAUUGUUGCAGACAAUCUGUCUAAGAAGAUCGAUGUGGAUUUAGUAUACCUGCAUUAGCAUGCUAGAGUUUUCUUAAUCUAGACACUAUACUACAUCUUAUAAGUACUUGGUUGUAAAGCUAAUCACGUUCCAUCAAAGUUUUAGAUAUGUAAUUAAGUGAGAGAGAAACUAAAAUGUCAGAACUGUUCAGCUGGUCACAAUGUUAAAUGGUAAUGGAUCUGGCUGUUUUUCAUUACCAUGAAGUUGCAGUCGAUAUCAGCCAAUAAAAUGGAUCUACUUUAUUUUUCAGGAUUGAUAAGAGGUCCAAGUACAGUCGUCGUCGAACAUUUGAUGAAGAAGCUGACAUCGACUACAUCAAUGAACGCAACAUGAAAUUCAACCAAAAGUUGGAGAGAUUCUACGGCAAAUACACAGCAGAGAUUAAACAGAAUUUGGAGAGAGGAACCGCUGUUUAGUGCAGGAGGGUGUCCGAACUGGUGAUGGCUGCAAUAGCUGGUAAAGGGGAGUUGUCGAAGCUUGAUGCUACAGAUUAAUCACUGAUUGUAUACUAUCCACUUGUAAAUAAAUGUAAUUAUAAAAAGAAAA